AUGUUCAACCUAAUUGUUGGUGAUUUACCUAGGAGAUCAAAAUAUAGUUUUCUAUCCAUUCAUACAGGUUAUUUUUCAUGUACACGAUGCCUUCUCCAAGAUACACAUUGUAACAUACAUCGUCAUGUCCUCUAUUCAUGGUAUGAAUAUCAAGCAACUCAUCCUGAACCUCGGACUCAAGAAAAUAUUGAUUAUUAUGUUAAUUUAAUCACAGCAUCCAAGACAAAAAUUCGACCAUUUGGAGUUCUAGGAAAAUUACCUUUAUCCACCAUCUUAUCAAUUCCAACUCAAUGUGUAUUUGAUUAUUUUCAUAUAUGUUUGAAAGUUCAUUUACCUGUACUUAUUACACACACAACAACUGCUAAUAAUUCAUUAACUCAACCAUGUACAUAUUCACCAUUAACAGCACGACGUACACUUCCAUCAUCAGCUCAUUUUUUUUCACAACAAGUAAGACAACAACAACAUCAUAUACAAAGUGAUCAAGAUGUAUUAUGUUCAGAUGCUGUCCAACCAUAUUCAUCAGAUUGUGACGUUUUCGAAUCGAAUUCCUAUCAUCGAAAUGUUUCUUCAAGAAUUACAACUUAUGAUCCUGAUUAUAUUCCAUCAUCACCAUCAAUUAAACGAAAACAUGCUGAAUCUUCACUUGAUCAUGGACAGCAAAUGGAUGAUAUUACCAAUUGUUUGAAAAUUGUUAUGAAACAACAAGAACUUAUUGUUGAUGAUCUUCAAGUACUUCGUAAAAGUAAUAAAAAACUCCAAGAAAUGACGAUUUCAUUAAUUCAUGCAAAUCAACUUGACCAAGUAUCGGCUAAUAAACCAGUUGAAUUACCAAUCUACGUGAAAAUACAAGGAAAAAAUCUCUUUGAUUCAAUAUCUCCUGAUUUAUCAACAACUGCUAUUCAUUGUAAAUUAAUUCGUAAGCUGUAUUCAGCAGAAGAAGUAAUUAAUGGUGAAGCAUUAGAUAAAGAAGAUGAACGAUUUGAUAUUUUCAUGCAGUCGAAUAUAAUUCCAAUGGAAUCUUUGACGGAAGCACCAAUUAUAGAUUUAGAUGGCAAAAAUGACAAUAGUGUUUUAUUAUUAGCAAAGUCUCUUGGUUAUUUUUAUAUUCCUCGUUCAUCAACAUAUGGUCAUUUACCUGAUUGUCAUGCAUUAAAAUUGCUCGCUGAAAAACUUUUCAAUCUUUCAAUGGACGAAAAAUUUGCUUUCGGUUCUAAUUAUAUUCGAUCAAUUAAUUUAAAUGAACCACCAUCGAAAAAAGAAUCCAUCUCGUUAACAAGAACCAAUCAAAAAACUCUUUUCACUUCAUCGGUAUCAAUGAAAACUCUAUUCGAUAUCUGUGAACAAGUAUCCGUCCAUUUGAUUGACAUUCUUCAAUUGAACAAACAAUUAUCAUCUACAACUCCUAAUACAAUUCUAUUCAAUCAUUAUAUUCAAAUCAAUGAACCAUUGAUUAUUCAUCAAAGUGAAAUAUCAUCUCUUCAAUUUCAUCUCUAUUCGACCUAUCAUUUACAACGUCUUGCUGCUGAUCAACAUGAAUGGAAAUCUAUUGAGUAUCCACUCGAACUUUCCAAAUAUAUUCUAGUAACCUUGCCAAAUUUUAUCUAUCGAUAUUCCACUGAUUCCUUAUCAAAUUAUACCAUCGAUUAUCUCAUGUACAAUGUCUGUGAUUCUAUUGAAAAACGAACAUAUUUCUUGAGUUUGAAACAGAAUAAAAUUCUUCGAUAUAUAACAUUUUUUUAUCUCUACAUAAUGCAAGGUGUUCCAGCCGGAUUUUCAUCAACAGCAUUGGCUAAUUAUUUAACUGCGGAAGGUGAACAAUCAUCAACAGUAGGAACAUUUGUAUCGCUCUCGAGUUUACCAUGGGCAUUACAAUUUGUUUGGGGUCCAUUAAUUGAUCGUUUUCAAUCGUCACCAAUGGGUCGUCGUCGUCCAUGGGUAAUUGGUGCUCAAACGUGUGCUUUUCUUGCUUCGCUUGGUCUUUUAUUUGUUCGUGAUCCUCCAACAAAAUAUAUUAAAACAUUAGUGAUUGCUUUUUUUAUUCAUUCAAUAUUUGCAUCGAUUCAAGAUGCUAGUGUUGAUGCUCAAGCAAUUACUACUAUACCAUUGAAUGAACGUGGUCGAAUCAAUGGAUUUAUGCGUGGUGGAUUUCUCGUUGGAAUUUCAUUAGGAGCCGCUGGUCUAGCUUGGAUGUUAAGAAAUUGGAGUUACUUAGGUGCAGCAUCUGUUAAUUCCCUGUUUUUAUUGAUAUUUACAGUGAUAACAUUUUUCAUCAAGGAAAAUUCGAAUGAUCAAUUAUUACCUUGUCGUUGUCGAAAAGGUUAUGUAAAUAGGCAACAAUAUGAAAAUCGACAUAAUUAUUCAAUUUUAAGAUUAUUUAUUGAACUUUUCAAGGGUUUAUUUGCAUUUCAAUCUCUACGAUUAUUUAUUCCUAUAUUGCUCGUUUAUACGUGUCAAUCGGCAUUCAUUCGUGCCUAUAAUAGUUCACAAUUUACCACAUAUAUGUCUUUGGCUAAUCUGAGUGAUCUAGCUGGAGCUUUUGUCUCAGGACAUUUACAACAACAAAUACGAGCUAAUGUAAUCGGCCUUGGUUGUGCUGUCUUGAUUAUCAUUGCUUCGGUGGUUGUUACAUUCAGUGUUUGGCAUGAUAAACGACGUAUUACACUUGUGUCAGUUUCACUCUAA